CUUGGGCAGCACAGGUAGGCUGAACUCGGAUUUCUCACGGUUGUAGUUGUAGCACUGACUCCGUGCUAGCGCUUUAGAUUAUAAGGCCGACGGUGGCUGACUCAGAGGACAGUGGAGCGGAACCACAGGGAUAGUUCUUGGCUCUGAAGUGACGCAUCAAGCCCCGUCAAAAAGGCAAGGCCAGCCGGGCUAAAAGCAUUGCUGCAGACUGCAGUGGAGUCCUACCUGGAGAAGAGAGAGGCUGAGGAGGAAGCAUGCCCACCGACCAGGAGCCCACGUUCACCGUCAAGCUGUUUCAGCUGCUGCUGCUCUCCACCUACUGGGGAAUGCAAAUUUGGGUCACCUUCAUUUCAAGCUUUGUGAUGAACAACCACCUGAAUAGACACACAUACGGGUUUAUUCAGAGUCGUCUUGUCCCUUUCUACCUCCACCUGGGUUCAGCUUGUGCCUUCUUUAACCUCACUAUCUACGCUGUGUAUCACCCCAGCGACAUGCUGAACGACAGAGAAGCCUUUCAGAUCUUCAUCUUCUUUGUGUCGGUGACGGUGGCAGCUGUCAACGCUCAGUGGUUUGGCCAGAUGACAUCGGAGAUCAUGGCAGACAUGCACCUCAUCGAGCAGGCGUGCGGAUUGGGUCAGGACAUCGGCCUGUCGUCUAACCGUGAAGCGUACGCCAAGCUGUGUGAGACAGAUGUCAAAUACAGACACCUCAGCAGUCGCCUGUGGCUGUACAGACUGCUGUCCUCCCUUUGUAAUCUCUGCUGCAUAGGCUGCAAUUUCUACAGCCUGUGUUACAUGGCUGAGAACCUCGUCACACUGUAAUACUGACACACAGCAGCUGGACUGUCAGAUUGUUAAAAAAUAGUCAGUCCCUUACAAAUCUAGAAACUUUUUGUAUCAAACCAGUAAGUUAUAUAUUUAAUACGCAAUGUCUUUCUUUCCGUCUCUGCCUUCAUAAGAAAUCAGAUUAAAAAGUCAGGUAAGCCCUGAUGUUCUUUUGUGUUGGGGAAUAAUGAAAGGACAUAAUCACAUGCAUAGAUUUCAGCCCCAGUUCUUGGUCAGUUUUGAGACAGCUGUGGUCAGUAAAACUGAACUUCUCUCUUAAACAUUGUAGGGAGGCAAAUCAGUUCCUGCUGUGUGAGUAAUGCCUCACCUUUCACCCAGUGUGGCUGGAGCUGGUGGCUGCCUCGUGCUGGUGCCUUGAGAUUUCCCUUCACUUUUACCAUUACAGCAUGGUACCUUACAGGAACCUAAAACGUGAGUGAAUGUUUUUAAAAUCUUCGUGUUUGUAAUAUCAGAGGCAUCACAAGCAGAAAGUGGCCCAGUGCACUUCACCUUUUUUUAUUUGUAAGCAACAGCGAGGUACCUUUAGUAAGGACACUGCUGCUCAAUCCUGCUCUUCCUGUUCUGGGUGGAGUUUUUAUACCUUGUUCACAGUGUAGUGCCACAGGUUAGUCAGGCUUACCUUAUGUUACCUUAAGAGCACCUGUGGGGCUGUGCUCCAUUUCCUUUCAGAGUGAAAGGUUGUGCUGUUUUUGGCUCUCCUGGAAAAGUUUGAACACUUUCACUACAUGGCAUACAAUCAGUAGAGCUUUUAGUCCAUCCAAAACACACUUGCACCACUGAUUUGAUUGUUGUAUUGGUGUUUGUAAAUAGUUCCAGUGUACUCAUAUGUAUAUGGGCAGAUGUUAGAUUUGUUGUUGCACAGCAGGUUGGUGUAGUUGUGAGAGUUGUUCAACAGGUAGACCUUUGCUUUAGUUUAAUGAAGUCACUGUUACUCUUCUGUCGGUGAGCCUAAACCUGUGGUGGGGACAGUUUUGCUGAGCAGGUUUGAUGGUUGUUGUGAGAUGAGUUGGGUCUGUUUUGAGCCCCUUGAAAAUCACAGUUGAAUGUUUUUUUUUCUGAACCACUUUUACAUUACCUCACAAUAACUUUUACAUUAUGAUGCAACACUUUAUUUUGAGCAUUAAUUGCAAAAGCCUGAGCUCUGACAGUUUGCGGCCACUGCUGUGACCACAGCUGUAGCUGGGCUUGGGGCUGUGAUGUGGGCAUGGCUAAUGCUAUGGACGUAGCUGUGGCGGUAUAUGUUCUGUGGCUAGUCUUUAUAAAAUAUAUAUAUUAACAUUGGCCGAGAAAACAUCGUGAAGCCAGACACUUGUUUCACCCCUGUGCUUCUAUCAUAUAUGACAUAUGAGAUGCCAAAUCACGCACAGGUGUUUAAGGAUGGCUUCAUAGGAAUCUUAACAACCAACACUAUAACAGCCAGAGCUGUAGCCGUCCCAUACAGCCAUGACAACAGCUACAACUGUUCAAUCACAGCCACGGCAGCAGGUGGUCAUAGUACAGUGUUGAUAUGAAGGUAACUAGCCUCAUUAUCCUCAUAUCAGCUGUGUGACCUUUCACCGGCUCUGUAAAAAGUCUAUUUGAGGACAUGAAUGACGUCUCUGUACUGAGUCCUUAACAUCCCAUGACGAUUUCCAUAUAUGUUGCUACCUUUCAUUUUGCCAUGCAGGAAAAUCCCAUCAGAUCUUGUAUAUUUUGUUGAACGAUUUUAAGAAGACAUCAGGUCUGUGGCUUGAAUUCGUCACGUGCUGUACAUCAAUCUGAAUGUGCUGGAUUAUGAUCUGGCUGAAAGACUAAAUAUGCAGCCAUGAUUAGAAUUGAAGUUAUUUCUGAGUUGUACUCAUGCUAGAGUGGCCUUGCAGUACAGUGCUUAGGUGUCAGAGCUUUGUUUGGAAAUAGUGCAUCGUUGUACAUCGCUGAAUCUGUGGUCUGUGUUGUCGUUUUGCACGUUGAAAUUAUGCUAAUCGACCCCCUCUUAGGUGAAACUUCUCUAUCCAUGACACCAAAGUUUAAAAAAAAAAGCAUGUCCUUAAGCAGAGCAGUGGCAGCAGAACGUGGGUUCUGAAACUCCUUUCUUCUUCUUUGUAUUUGUUUGUUCUAACUGGACUGAUGAAGGUGCUUUAUGAGCCCGUUACUGGCAAAAACAAUGCAAUAUUACUUGGUGGCUGUUUUGAAGUCCACACAGUUUUUCUAUGAUGUCGCCCGUUUGCUCGGCCAGUUUAAAUUAAUAAAAAAUUUGAAUGCAAGUCAUUUGACAGUUUUGCUUAUUGACAUAAAAGUAUUUGGAUAUAAUGUUUAGCAGAUCUUUAUACAUGAUUUCAUUUCUUAAUGAUAAUGUUUGAGAUAAUGGAAUAUAAUUAUUAUUGCCUGAAGACCAGUGAGGUCAGAGGUCAUGAGCUGUUUGUGGUAGUGGGUCUGUAUGUUUUGUCAUGUAUGGUUUAUUUUUUUUGUAUAAAAGAAUUUUCUUUCUUAAUUCUCCAUGCCAUCUUCUGCCCAUUUUAUUAAAUUUUGAUCAAUAAGAAAUCA